AUGAUCACCCCCCGUUUUGAAAGCCGCCAACAAAUCGUAGCUGCUCUGGCAGCCUUAAGGGCCGGAGGGGACAGUGAGGAAUGCAUAAUGGUGCCGAGUGUUGUAUUCCAGGACGAAGAAGCCGUUGUGCGUCUCGACCAGUAUCUGCGGGAAUGCUCCGUCCGAUCGACACAACGACCGAACCAUUUGCGAUUUACUCAUAUGCAUUUUCAAAGAGGCGCCUUUGAACCACCAGUCCCUGCAGCGAGACUCGCGCCACUGCUGAAUUACAUGACCAACAACCGCCUCGAAAAGCUGGAUCUGUUUUGUAUCCGACUGACAGGUGAUACGGAGCUACUUGCCCAUGCACUUCGACAACAAAGAAGACUGAAAUGGUUUCAAUGUCUAGCCUGCACAUUUGGAAACACAAAUAAUGCUGGUGUCAUUGCUGAUGCUCUUGCUACUCUUACCAGUCUGGAGUUUGUCCUUUUUCAACCCGGUGAUGAGCGAAUGCCUGAUCCUACGCUUUUGGGAACAUACACCACUCUUUCGACAAUGAGUUGGCUGCAUCUACUGGAAUUGAGACAGCUUCCUUUCUCUGUCUUUAAUGCUUUCUUUGACAAUCUGCAAAUCUUGCCAGGUCCAAAGAAGCUGGACAUUGUCGGUGGUGGCAUAUCCCCAUCUACUAUCCAGCACGUUGCGCAGAUGCUGGCACACAACUCGCACAUACAGGAUCUGACAAUGUAUACUCGCACACAGAGCGGGACGCCUCUGAAGCCCAUCGCUUCGGCACUGACAGGAAAUACUAGCCUUCGAGUGUUGAAUAUUCGACACACAACACUCAGCGAUGACGAUGUAGACGCCUUUGUUGCUCUGUUGGAAACGCCACACUUUUCAUUGGAGCGUAUCGACCAUUAUGGUACUGUUGUGCACAAGGAUGCUCAAGCCAGACAGAAAACCGUUGCUCAAGUCAACAAACUGCGCUUCUUGCUUCAGCUCAACGAACAUUACCAGAGGAGACGCCUUUAUUAUCCUUCUUUGGAUGAUGAUGCCGAAUGGAUGGAGUGCUUUGUAUCUGUGUUGGAAGAGCAUCACGUUAACUACGAUUGGACUUGGGAAGAAGAGCUCGACCGCUCUGACGAAGAUGACAAUAAGCCAUGCCCGGUGAGAAUUGCCCGCGAUGUUACCACCGACCCCGACAUUCUGCUGUGUUCUGUCAUCUUUUACUACCUGUCGCGAAAUCCAUCCGUGCUGCUACGCGCCGUAGUCUGA